UGUUGGGCAGAAUGUUUUAGAAAAUUGUUGAUUGCAACUUAUUUUGCAUAUUUUUUAAAUUGAACGAAGAGACACAAUGGCAGACAUAUUAUCCUGACACGUAACAACUGUAAAUAUUUAAGACAUUAGAGUAAAAGAGAAGAGAGUGUGAAAAUGCCACCAAGUUCAGGUGAACUAUGGGGUCACCACUUGAUGCCACAGCAGGUGGCUGUGGACUGUCUACUGCCAAAUGGUCUUCUCAUACCUCUCAGAUGUAACAGGGACUCUACCAUAGAGAAAGUGAAGGCAGAUUUGUGGCUUGAGGCGCGACGCCAGCCGCUAUUUCACAAAUUAGGUGAACAAGUGCAGUAUAUAUUUGUGGGCAUAACUCAGGAUGCUGAGCUGGAGGAAUUUUACGAUGAGACUCGAAGACUUUGUGAUUUGAAGCUGUUCCAGCCAAUACUAAAAGUGAUUGAACCGAAGGGAAACAGGGAAGAGAAAAUGCUGAAUUAUGAAUUAGGUAUGGCCAUCGGUAUACCAAUGAAUGAGUUUAAUGAGAUGAAAGAGCUUGAAGUGAUGACAUUUAGACGCAAUAUUCUCACUGUGUGUCAAAACGCUGUUGAAGAUCGGCGGCGAAACGGGAAACACAGCCUCGCAUUAUACACAUACCCUCCUGAUGUGGAGAACUCUGCGAAACUGCCCUCACACCUGGAGGAGAAAUUACAAACUGACAGUAAGACUUCAGACAAGAACUUCCUGAUGUGUGUAUGGGUUGUCCAGUCAGACAAAUCCAGGAACAAAUUUACACUGAGAAUCCCCCACACUGCAAAGCCUAAUGAUGUCAUAGCAGAAACUAUUCGGUGGCGGAGUAGGAAAAUGGGUCGCUCAAAAGAGGAGACAGACCGUUGUAUAGACGGCUAUUCUCAUACCUACGUCCUGAAAGUCUGUGGUUGUGACCUGUUUCUGUUUGAAGGUUAUCCUAUCAGUCAAUACAAGUAUAUCCGAGAGUGCUUGGAAACUAAGAAGAUUCCCCAACUGAUGUUGCUGACCAAGGAGAAUGUUUACGCUACAAUCAAGGAUACACCGUUCCAUAUGCCAUCUUAUGUUCAGAGAGGUAUCCAGGCCUUGAAUGAUGUUCAGAACAAGACUACCAUAUCAAUGUUCGAGGUACACACCAACUUCAAGAUGAAGGUACACUGUGCUACCUAUGUCAACGUGAAGGAUGUUGGGGGAAAGAUCUAUGUAAAAGUUGGUUUGUACCAUGGCACAGAGCCACUGUGUGAAAGCAAACUGACAAAGGAGUCAGACUUUAACAAUCCCCGAUGGAACGAGUGGCUGGAGUUCCUCUACCUGUCUGACAUCCCGCGGUCUGCAAAGAUCUGCUUCUCCAUAUGUUCCGUGUCCAAGCGGAAAAACAAAAAGAUCCACUAUGCACUGGCGUGGGGCAACCUCCAGCUGUUUGACUUCAACACACACAUGCUCAGUGACAAAGUCAGUCUUCAGUUGUGGCCGAUGCCCCACGGGCUGGACGAACUCCUCAACCCCCUGGGGAUCCCGGGCUCCAAUCCCGAUAAGGACCAACCUACCCUGGAGAUUGAGUUUGAGACCUUCAGUCCGACAUUAUCAUCUCCACCUGACACUCAGCUGGAAGAUCUGGCCAAGUUUGCUACAAACAGAGAUAACAGACAGUCUUCAUUAGCACUGCAGGCAGAUGACUGGAGACAUGAGGAGGAACAGUUACUGGAUAUUAUAGGGAAAGAUCCUCUCUCAGAAAUCCUGGAGCAGGAAAAGGCUCUACUCUGGAAAAGAAGGGAUUACUGUCUACACCAGCCCAACUCGCUACCAAAGCUACUCAGUGCAAUCAAGUGGAACGACAGGGAAAAUGUGGCUCAGUUGUACAUGUUGCUGAAGCAGUGGCCGACUGUGUCCCCGGAGGUUGCCCUCCACCUGUUAGAUUGUUCUUUCACUGACCUACGGGUACGCCAGUUUGCCGUUCACUGUUUGGAGAUCGGCAUCUCGGACGACAAACUUCAAAGAUACCUCCUACAGUUCAUUCAGGCUCUCAAAUUUGAGCCGUACCUGGACAAUCCACUGACGCGGUUCCUGCUGAAGCGAUCACUCAUGAACCAACGAAUAGGACAGCAGUUCUUUUGGCAUCUAAAAUCAGAAUUGCACCACACAGCCAUGCGAACGCGAUAUGGUCUGAUUCUGGAGGCGUUCUGCCGAGGGUGUGGCUCAUUCAUGAAGACCCUGCUCAAACAGGUGGAGGCCCUGGACAAGCUCACAAAACUCACCAAUGUCCUCAAGGCCUCCGGAAGCAAUGACAAGACAGAGUUGAUGAAAGGACUCCAUGAGCAGUUACAGCAGCCUGACUACCAGGAGGCAUUGACCUCGCUUGCCUCGCCUCUCAAUAACAGUCACAGGCUCGGUAAUCUCUGCUAUGAGGUAUGUGAGGUAAAGAUGUCCAAGAAGAAGCCACUAUGGAUGGUAUGGGAAAACAAUGACCCGCUUGCCGACCUCUGGAUCAAACAGUACACCAUCCUCUUCAAGAACGGGGAUGACCUGCGACAGGACAUGCUCACAUUACAGCUUAUUAGUGUAAUGGACUCCAUUUGGAAAACAGCAGGCCUAGAUCUCAGGAUGACGCCAUACCUGUGCCUGGCCAGUGGUCAGGAUGUGGGACUCAUAGAGGGAGUGCGCAACUCAGCUACAAUCAUGAAGAUCCAGGAAAAAGGUGGGGCCAAAGCCACUUUACAGCUUGGCUCCAAGGCCUUGCAUAAUUGGAUCAGGCUUCACAACCUUGAAAGGUACGAUGAAGCCAUUGAUAUGUUCACUCGGUCCUGUGUCGGUUAUUGUAUAGCGACGUUUGUGUUGGGGAUCGGGGACCGACAUUCAGAAAACAUCAUGUGUAUUGAGGAUGGCAGGGUGUUCCACAUAGACUUUGGGCAUUUCCUGAACCAUAAGAAGAAGAAGUUUGGGAUCAAUCGGGAGCGAGUGCCAUUCGUCCUCACAGAAGAUUUCGUGUAUGUGAUCGCACGGGGGCGGGACCAGCCACAGAAAUCAGAAGAAUUCAAAGAAUUCCAGCAGCUCUGUUUGCAAGCCUACAAAGAGCUCCGAAAACAAGCAGACCUCAUAAUAAACCUCUUGACAAUGAUGUUAUCUUGUGGAAUCCCUGAACUACAAUCGCUGGACGAUAUAAGUUAUGUGCGGAAGACACUUGCGGUUGAGUCAACGGAGGAGGAAGCUGAGUUAUAUUUCCGACAGCAGUUUGAGGCUGCAUACAAGGGACAAUGGACUACAAAAGUGGAUUGGAUUUUUCAUCAUCUGAAGAAUUAGGCUCCAUCAAUUGAGUGGAUAUGUGAAAAUUAUACUAGUAAGAUUGAGGACUGUAGACCAGUCCAGAUAAAUGUAACAAGUAAAAAAGUUGGUUAAUUUGACAAAUUCAAUGCAGGAACUUGGACAGUAUUCAUUUCCUGAAACAGUUUAGAUAUUUAUGGAUAUCAAAACAGGCCCGGCAUUCAUGAGAAAUAUUAUGUUGUUUCCUUACUGAGGUUGAUUUCCUAAUAUUUUUAUAGCCAAAGUUAAGUUAAAGUGUUUUCACCAUAAAAAGGGGGAUUUUCAAUAAAUUCAAUGAAAAAGUGUUUCAUGGCUAUGUUUUGAAUCUAUAGAACAAGUUUCGCAUAGUUUAUUUCUUUUUUACGUGAUUGUAUGUUAUGAGCUAAAUUCAAACUAAUGCCUUUAUUAUGUAAUCUAUAUCAAAUGUUUUGUGUAUAACUGUAAUAAUACUUUUUUUGUUAUAAGUGCUAUUGAAUUGACUUUAUGUUAUAUUGCUUCAGAAAUAUUUAGAGUUACUGUAAUAUGUGUGGGAUAAGUUUCUCAAGAUAUUUGUAACAUAUGUUGGAUAUACACUUAUUUAUUGUUCUUAAACAAAGAAAAAAAUAAAUGAAUAAACAUACAUAACAUUA